UUUUUUUUUUUUUUUUAAGCGAAUUAUGCUUUCAGCUUAGCUUGCUUUGCAAUUUCCUUCUUCCCUCUUUUUAAAUUAUAGUACAAGAUUUGGAUUUAGGUUUGUUUUUCUAGAUCUUCGUUGCUAAUUAUAUAGGGAGAACGAGUUAGUGAAAGAGCGUAAGUGAGAAAAUGGAGGAAAGUAGGUUGUGUCAGUGGAGUGUGAUUCGAUCCGUAUUAGCCAUUCUUCAAUGGUGGGGUUUUAAUGUCACUGUUAUUAUCAUGAAUAAAUGGAUCUUUCAGAAAAUGGAUUUUAAGUUUCCCUUGACAGUAUCUUGCAUACACUUUAUUUGCUCAGCCAUUGGUGCAUACCUGGUGAUUAAAGUGCUAAAGCUUAAACCUCUUAUUGUGGUUGACCCUGAGGAUCGCUGGAGAAGGAUUUUCCCCAUGUCAUUCGUGUUUUGUAUCAACAUAGUGCUGGGCAAUGUCAGCCUGCGCUACAUCCCUGUUUCAUUUAUGCAAACGAUAAAGUCAUUCACCCCUGCAACUACAGUUAUUUUACAAUGGCUAGUUUGGAGCAAGCACUUUGACAUGCGGAUUUGGGCUUCUUUGAUACCUAUUGUUGGAGNUUUGCAACUCAUGAUCAGAAAAAUUACUUUUGUUUUUUACAAGGAAAAGGAAUAUCACAUACGUUCAUUUACUUUUUUAUUUUGUAGCAUAAACACGGUAUAUUAUAUGGCUCCUUUUGCCACAAUGAUCUUGGCAGUACCAGCUUUACUACUGGAAGGCCCUGGAGUAGUGGCAUGGUUGCAGACGGGUCCCCCACUUCUUUCAUCCUUCUGCAUUAUUUUUGGUUCUGGUCUGUUGGCUUUUUGCCUCAAUUUCUCUAUCUUCUAUGUCAUUCACUCAACCACAGCAGUCACCUUUAAUGUCGCUGGAAACCUUAAGGUUGCAGUUGCUGUAACUUGUUCAUGGCUUAUCUUCCGAAACCCAAUCUCAAUGAUGAAUGCGGUUGGAUGUGCUAUAACGCUUAUCGGGUGUACAUUCUAUGGGUACGUGAGGCACAUGCUCUCACAACAAACUCCAGGCACUCCUCGGACACCUCGGACCCCAAGAAAAAGUAUGGAGUUUGUCCCUCUAGUAAACGAGAAGUUGGAGGAUAAAGUUUAGUGUCAGGUGUGCUUGAAACAGGAACUAGGUAAAACUUUGAUAUAGAAGAGAAGUAUAAAGAAGAAACAAAUCGUUCAUUGUUGUCUAAUUUACCGUUUAGGUAUAUCGAAUUCUGGAACUCUUAUUUAACUUAUUUAUUUACCUUCAUACCCUGCUCCCAAUUGGCUAGAUUUGGUUUUUGUUUUUGCGUAUAGAAGAGAAGCACAGAGAAAUGGUUCUUUCACUUUUGUCUAAUGUACCAAUUAGGUAAUUCCGGUACGAGUGAUUUUAUUUUGUGCCUCACACAACUUACACUACUUGUGUGGGGCUUUUUUUUAUCUCACAUAUUUGUGUAAUUUUUCCUCCAACAAACAUUGGGACCCAACUUUUAUGAGAAGGAUUGUUGUAUUUCGA